CUGAGGCGCUCUUAGUUCACACGGCCCGCAGACUGAACCUCGUCUACUGCCUCGAGGUCAGCACUGAGGAGGUUGCGACGGCAUCCGCAAUGGCCAGUAACUUGCCUUGGGGGUCACCAUUGAAAGGCUACGAGAACGCCGCACCCCUUCCAACGACGAUCAACCCGGACGGGAAGUCUCUGUACAAUCCUCCGGGUCCCCAAUCGGCGUCAUAUGGCAAUUUCCCGAAGCCGAUUGACUCGUCAAACAAUGGCUUUGACUUUCACAUAUAUUACAUGCCGAACAGUGAGGAGGAAAUGCAGUAUGCGAGAGAGCUGCACGAACGUAUCCGGCGAGAGUUCCCUGAGCUUCGUAUCUACAAGUUCUGGGACAAGCCAGUCGGCCCACACCCUGUUCCGAUGUUCGAAGUGAACGUCUUCACUCCACAUCAGACAGGAGCGUUCUUUUCUUGGCUGGUGGUCAAUCGAGGCCCUUGCUCGGUGCUCGUACACCCAAACACCGGUGACCCCUACAAAGAUCACAUCGAACUAGCGACUUGGAUUGGACGACCGUUCCCGCUGCUUGCAGAGAUGCUGAAGCGCAGCCCUCGAUGAUCGUCCUUUUGCAUACAGCUAUGAGAGCUCCGUCGGUCCUAUACUGAUUGUGGUGAUUCCUCCCUGUUCUUGUAACGUCCCCUGAUGCACGCAAUAUGACGCUAUUUUUCACUCUCUUCGCCG